GCCCCCUUCUUUGGCUUCCUCGGAGCCGCGGCAGCGCUCGUCUUCUCCUGCAUGGGGGCGGCGUAUGGGACGGCGAAGAGUGGAGUCGGGGUGGCGUCAAUGGGCGUGAUGCGGCCGGAGCUCGUGAUGAAGUCGAUCGUGCCCGUUGUCAUGGCUGGGGUGCUCGGGAUCUACGGGUUGAUCAUAGCUGUGAUCAUAAGCACCGGGAUUAACCCCAAGGCCAAGUCUUACUACCUCUUCGAUGGAUAUGCGCACCUCUCGUCCGGGCUCGCUUGUGGCCUUGCUGGCCUCUCUGCUGGCAUGGCGAUCGGGAUUGUCGGUGAUGCAGGAGUCAGGGCCAACGCACAGCAGCCAAAGCUAUUUGUUGGCAUGAUUCUAAUUCUUAUUUUUGCAGAAGCUCUUGCCCUCUAUGGUCUCAUUGUCGGUAUCAUCCUUUCAUCUCGGGCUGGUCAAUCCCGUGCAGACUAAGAACACGGGCAGCUGGCCAUGUGCUCUUUGCUCUUCUUAUUUUCAUAUAGGACAUGAUCAGAGCUUUCUAAUUAUUUGUCAUUAUACUGUAAUUUAUUUAAGGACUUUGUUGUGAUUGGGGCCUCUGAUUGUUUGACUUGCCUGCCGUCUUUUCUAUGAGGUGACCUUUUUUUUAUGUGCUUUUAAUGCAAGCUAAUGACAUUUAGCCACGCUUGUACAUGUGGCACCCUUUGCAAA